CGGGCGGCGAGCGGAGCCGGCCGGAGCGCGCCGGGCAGCGGCCGCCGCCGUCCCGAGAGGGGCGCGGGCGGCAGGAUGGAGCUCAACUCCCUGCUGCUGCUGCUGGAGGCGGCCGAGUACCUGGAGCGCAGGGACCGAGAGGCCGAGCACGGCUACGCCUCGGUGCUGCCCUUCGACGGCGACUUCGCAAGGAAGAAAACAAAGGCGGCCAGCCUGGUGCGCAAGGCCCCGAACAACAGGUCUUCACACAACGAACUAGAAAAGCACAGACGAGCUAAGCUCAGGCUCUACUUGGAGCAGCUCAAGCAGCUGGUGCCCCUGGGCCCUGACAGCACUCGUCACACCACGCUGAGCCUCUUGAAGCGUGCCAAGAUGCACAUCAAGAAACUGGAGGAGCAGGACCGCAGGGCGCUGAGCAUCAAGGAGCAGCUGCAGCGGGAGCACCGCUUCCUGAAGCGGCGCCUGGAGCAGCUGUCUGUGCAGAGCAUGGAGCGCGUGCGCACGGACAGCACUGGCUCCGCCAUCUCCACAGACGACUCAGAGCAAGAGGUGGACAUAGAGGGCAUGGAGUUUGGCCCUGGUGAGCUGGACAGUGUUGGCAGCAGCAGUGACGCCGAUGACCACUACAGCCUGCAGAGCGGUGGCUGCAGUGAYGGUGGCUAUGGGCGCCCCUGCCGACGGCCUGGCCGCCCCAGCCUCUCAUAGGCCCCGCACACUCUGCUGCUUGGCCCCUGCCGCCCGCCUGCCUGGUCAGCGUGUCAGCCUCAGUUCUCCCUUGACCGAUGCAGCCUCUCCCUGGGCCACUGCUGUGCCAUUCUGGAAGCUCCAGCUGCUGCCUGGGCUGCCCGCCUCUGCCUGCUGCCUGCUGGUCAGGGCCUGAGCCGCCCGCCCGCCCACCCUCCCUUCCCCACUGGUCAGGGCCCCUUGCAGGGAGGCAGGGCCCGGCUCCCAUGACCUGGAGCCCAGUGUUGCCACCCACGGUCUGCUCUCAGAUUCCUAAUCAUUCCAGAAGUAUUAAAUGUCAUUGCUGCAAACCUCGGCAGGCACCGUGUAAGGGGCUUAAUGACCACCUCAGGGAGCUCAGACCCCAGCACUGGACCCCAGGAGAGAGGAGUGGACUGAGGAAGGAAGGAAGGUGCAACUGUCUGUCUGUCCACUUGUCGGUUGGUCCAUACAGGCUCCUGAGGCUUGGACAGAGAAAGCGUAAAGGGCGGGACUGGGUGAGCACCCUGGGCAGGUAGGCGGAGAGGGGCCUUCCCAUCCAUGGGCAUCAGGAGCCAGGGAUGGGCUUGUGGUGGCAGGCUGAGCCAGUCCACAUCAAGCUGGGCAGUGUCUGCUCUGUCGAGACCUUCCAAUGCACACACACACUAGCCCACACGCACACAUGCGUGCACUGGAGGAAGGCUGGCCUUUGGGGGCCAUCUAGGCAAAUGCUGGUCCCUGGCCUGUGCCUGACUUUGUCUCUGUGUGGCCACCGCCAGCUCACCUGUAUCAGCCCACCUGUGCCAGCCCAGGUGGCUCUGCCUGCUCUGCACGGGAAGCAGAGCUUCUCCUCGUGCAGGGCUGGGAUGAGCUGUGGCGGCAAGCUGAACCAAGUCCUCUGGGCUUUCUCAUCUUCCUUUCUUAUGAAAAGUCAAACAAAACAAAACCAGCAAGGCCACAGCGUGACAGGAGCUCCCUUCAAGGGGAGCUUAGAAGUUCUGCCCAUCGCAGCCUCAGCUGGCAGAGGCUUUCCCCAAAUGCAAAACAGAGAAACAUUUUUAAAAAGAGAGAAAAAAAAAAAAAGCUCUAAAAACCCUCACCAAGGGACGUGUGUGCUGCCUCUAUUUCCUGUACAAGAUUUUUGUAUUCUAUUUUCCUAGCCAUUGUUGCGUCCUUGUAUGCUGAGGGGUGGGAGUGACCCAGUGUCUCAGGGACCCAUCCUCUAUCACGUUGUCAUUGUGUGCCUUGUGUCCCGUCUUGACCUGCCCACCACCAGCAGCAUGUUCCCUGUGACUCAAAGGAUGCCUCAAGCCUGCCAAGCAGGUGCCUCCUUGCCUCCUCCCCAUGGACAGCUCCUCCCAGAGGCCAAGGCUUCCUUGGAGUGAGGUGCCUGUGCUGCGUAGGCAGCAUGGCCACUUUUCCUCCCCUGCAGGAGGGCUGUGACCAGGCUCCCAGUGUUACCUUCCUGGUUGGCUGGGGCCCACUAUGUUAUGAAUCUGCAACCUGCCUCAACCUGCCUGCUUCUGGGCCUGGGGUGAGGGCUCCAGGUGCCAGGUUGGCAGCUGAUGAAGUGUUUGCUCUGGAGGUGGGGGCCUGGCUAGGGGGCUUCUGCUGGAUUUCAGUCCUGAAGUCCUUGUCCCCCAGGGGAUUAUACAGCAAUACUUGGGUGGUGGCCGUGGGGCUGGCCUAUAGCAGCACCUGCCACCACCUCUGGUGCAUUUGUAACCAAGUUUCCAAAUCAUGAAAGGAAAUUCAAUUUCUCUUCUAUCGUGUCAGUGAACACCCUCAGAGUCCAGGGAAAUACCUGUGGCACGGAACCUCCCCUUCAGGGGCUCAGGAUGGCGCCAGAGAACAGGCCUGUGGGUGGGGACCCUGGGGAGCAGGGAUGGGGGCUGUCCAGAUGUCUUCCUGGGUGUUCUGACUGUGUCUUCAGCCCACUGGGGCUUCUCCUGUCUGUCAGGCGUAUCCACUGAGCUUUCUAGCUCCUCUCCCCUCAGAGCAGAGCAGGAGUCCAUGUUUCAGGGCCUGGUUCAGGAUCCAGAACUCCAAAGUCUCCUGAUGUUCCCCGAAUUCUUAAACUAUCAACUCUGCUCCAUCUCCAAAACCUGGGGUUCUGCUCCCACCUCUGUCUACCAGAAUCCAGCCCAGGUGACCAGAGUGGCCCCUUGGCUGGCCUUGUUGUCAGCUCAGCCUGUGCCCAGUCCCAUGUGGACUUGGAAGUUGGGCUCAUCAGCCACCUAGGGGUGCUCUCCAUCUGCUCCUCCCUGCCACCAGCAGGAUGUGAGGGGUGGUCCACAGGGGUGGGGGCUGGUGCUAAGAGUUCCAUAUCCAUUCCUCCCUUCCCUGCUCCCUGCCAUUUGCCCAGACUGGAUGUUACUGGUGGCCACAUCCAUCAGGACCACUGUAGUGUCUGCAGAAGGAAAUUGGGACAACAGCCACAGUCCACAUCCUCCAUCCUCCAUCUUUGCCCACCUACACCCACAUCCAUGUGGGCCUCAUGCUCCGUGGCUGAGAGUCUAGAACCCUUGGCUCAGGCUUGGGUCCCCAUCUCCCUAGGAGGCAUCCCACUCAUACCAUGCCCUUCCGUCCUGCUUCAGGCCUAGCUGGCCUGGGAGGAGAGGCUGUUUCUUCAACUCAUCCUGGUGGUGAUGUGAUGGCAAGGUCUUUGAGCUUGUGUUCCUGGGUGAUGGACCAUGCACCAAGCUAUGACCUGAGGGCUCCACCCUUUGCUCUCCUGUCUGCCCCAACCAUCCAGUCUCUCUCUGGGUCAGAGAGACCUGGGACCUACCCACUCCAUACUGCCUUCACAGAGGGUCAGUAGCCUUGGCCCCAUCCAGGGCACUAGGGCAGGUUCCGUGCCAGAGUCUGGGGCCAUUUAGGGGGCCUGGUGCUGGUUCAGCUGGAGAGUGAAAGGGGCCCCACCCACCUGUCCUCCAGGUGGGGCUGUGCUGUGUCAUUCUGUCAUUGUAAUAUAAAUACAGAUUUUUAUACCUCA